AUCGUGCAAACUGCUUUUCAUGAUGUAUCAAGUGAAAUCUGUCACCUCGGUGCAAUUUCGUGGCGGCCCCCUUUGAUCCUGCUCAUAAACAACCUCUUCCAAUGACGCCUGAUAACCACCAUCAUUCUGACAUCAUGACCCAGACUUGGGCCCUGCCUUUGGCUUGGCUUUUUUUGCCGUUGGCUUUGCUUUGGCUGCUGGUAAGAACGACUCAUCAUGCUUAUUCGCGACUUCCUGAUGAUUUGGAACAAAUCUCGCUAAUUCCAGAGCUGAAAUGGCGGAACAUAACAAGCUAAAGUUAGCAGUGAUGUGGUUGACCUUCGGGGUGUUUGUUGGGCUCAUGGUGAUCAGUGCACUCGCUGGCCAAGGAGACAAGAUACAGACAGCGUUGUUCUUGAACACAACUGCGGCCGUGUCUGACUUCUAUUACCUGGAGAUCACGCCAGCCGGCUGGACCUUCUCGGUAUGGGGGGUCAUCUACACCUGGCAGGCACUGUGGAUCGUCUACAGCCUCAUAGGAACAUGCAGAAAAAGCGCGGCAGGCUAUGUCUACGAUGCGCCCUCUUUCGCCCCGACCCUCAUGUAUGUUUUCUACAUCUUAAACAACAUCUUUAACGCUGCGUGGCUCGUGUUAUGGGACAGAAAGAUAAUCGGCGCAGCCCUUGGUGUAAUCGCCUUGAUUCCUUUCACGCUUUACAUCUGCUUGGCACUCUCCUUCAAAGGACUCCACGACAACCGCGGCGCCAUGAGGAAGUACGGCCUCUGCCGGGACAUUGGCUUGACGAUAGGGUUGACCCAGAACGGCAUGGCCCUCUAUGCCACGUGGACAAGUGUUGCGACUCUUCUGAACCUGGCCAUGGUGUUAACUUACAUUGCUGGGGUUGACAAUGCCGUGGCGUGUACGUCAUCUCUGAGCAUCCUCGCUGUUGAGUUGGUCCUGUGGUUCGUCAUGGAUAUCUUCUUCCUCGACAAGUUCACGAGAUACAUCGUCACCCCCUACUUCAUCAUCAUCCUCGCCUGCUCAGGAAUCACAGCGGAACACUGGGAUCCAACGUCACGCAACAGCAUCUUUACCAUAGUUCUCCUGGGAGUCGGCGUGGUGGCGCUGCUGUCAAAGGUCACCAUCUUGGUUUGGAGACACUACAAGAGGCCUCUGCAGGUCGAGGACAGUAUGGGAAUGAAAGUCAAGUUUGUAAACGCAUCCAAUCCUUCUAUCAUGACCGAGUGAACGUAUCCAAUCCUAUCAUGACCGAAUAAACACCCUGGUACACGGCAGUACUUUGUGGACUUCGACACCGUCAUCAGGCCGACGGGAAUGCCUCGGCAGUAACCAUACUAUCAUAAUCAUCUUCAAGGCUUUCCAUUCGCAGUGUCGAAGCAGCCGCUGUGAAAGGUUUUAGGACAGCGUGUCCGAGGGGACAACGGAUUUCAUCAUGUAUUACAUGAUUGUAGCCGGUAAUCUCUUGAGGCGUUGACCAGCAUGUUCUCUAUAUACAUGUAUGUAGAACCAUAUACCUUAAUCUAUCUUCAUACAACACAUACAGAAGGACCAUUUUCCCAGGGGGGCAAACAGAUACACGGGACCAAUCUGUCACGUGAUGCCGUUUUGGAUUUUCUGGUUCCCAAUUAGUGCAUUCAUUUUCCAGGGAGGAUUCUCAAAUAUCCAAAGAAGGGUUAAAGGAGAUGGGUUGUUGGCCUUGACUACGACUAAAUAAGACUACUUAGUGUUGUAUUAUAAAAAUCUAUUUGUUAAACAAUUUACAAAAACGUAUAAUGUCUGUAGGGUGUCAUAUCUAUUAAAUGUGGUUCCAAUGCGCAUACUAGUAUGAAAUGAUAUAAAAUUAUAUA